UGGCUCAAAGGCUUGAGAAACACUCUAGGGGUCUGGAGGAGCUUUCGAGCUGCUUUAUUUGGGUUACUCCCCGAGACCGGGCACUUGUGGUGUAGACACAGACCUACCAAGGGCUAAAAGUGGCUUCUCUUGCCCCUCAAGGUCAGGACCUUCUGCUCAGAAGAAAGCCGGUCUCCCAGCUGCCCCCAGGCCAUUCCCACAGCAGCUCGGAUGGUGGGUCAAGAGGCUGUGCCCUGCCCCCCUGGAACUCGGUCAAGUGGACCACCCAGCUGUAUGAAGGGAAGAUAAUCCUUCACUUCUCCACAGGGCAGGCUGAUGAUGGCUAAUUACACGUUGGCCCCGGAGGAUAACUAUGACGUCCUCAUAGAGGGGGACCUGAAUGACGACGAAAUAGAAACGUGCCACCCGUACGACGCCAAGGUUCUCUUGAGCGGGGUGGUCCCCAAGCUCUUCAUCCCUGUGCUCCUGGCUGGACUGCUGGGCAAUAUCUUGACUGUGCUCAUCCUGGCGAAGCACAAAGGACUCAGGCGCACGGAAAAUGUCUAUUUCCUAAACCUGGCAGUUUCGAAUUUGUGUUUCUCGCUCUCCUUGCCUCUCUGGGCUUACACCGCGUCCUAUGGGGGGGUUCUGGGCAGCCCUGUGUGUAAAACUCUCGUCGUAUUUUCCUCUAUAGGCCUGUACAGUGAGGCUCUUUUCAAUGUCCUUCUGACCGUGCAAAGGUACCUGGUGUCUUGCAACACGAGAAGGUUUCCCCGGACCAGGACGAUGCACUGGAACAUCGCCUCGACUGUUCUGGCGUGGGGCCUGGCCACGCUGGUCAUUUUGCCUGAAUCCGUGUUUUACAAACCUCAGAUGGAGAGCCAGAAAUACGAGUGCUUUGUUAGCAGCCCUCCCUUCCUGCCAGCUGAUGAGACUUUCUGGAAGCAUUUUCUGACCCUGAAGAUGAACAUCCUGGGCCUUCUUUUCCCACUGUGCGCUCUCACGUUUUGCUACACACGUUUGCGAAAAACGCUGAGCUUUAGGGGGAGGAGGUAUGACCCUCACAAGCUCGUGUUUGCCGUAGUGGUUGUUUUCCUUCUGAUGUGGGGCCCCUACAAUAUCGCACUUUUCCUGUCCGCGUUCAGAGAACAUUUCUCCCUGCACGACUGUCAGAGCAACUACCACCUGGACAGAAGCGUUCAGAUCGUGAGGAUCGUCGCCACCACCCACUGCUGCGUCAACCCCGUGCUCCACGCGGUCCUCGACACCACGUUCCGAAGACACCUCUGCCGCCUGUGCCGUCUGCGGGGUGACAGUCUGCUUCGGGGCACGGAGGGCUCCGCACAAGACGCGUCAGUGGAAGAACAUGACGAUUCCACCAGAGUGUAAACAGGCUUCCGUCAACGGCGGGAUAAAUAAACAUCGGGUUUUGUAUUGCUGCAUCGUGUGUGUAUUUAUUUUUACACAUCUGUGUACAAAAUAGGAUACAAGAAGAGGGGCGCCUGGGUGGCUCAGUCGGUUAAGCGUCAGAUUCUUGAGCUCAGGGCAUGAGCUCAUGGUUCGUGGGUUCAAGCCCCUCAUCGGGCUCUGCCCUGCCAGUGCCAGACCUGCCUGGGAUCCUCUCUCUCUCCUUCUCUCUCUGCCCCUCCCGUGUGCUCUCUCCCUCGCUCUCUCUCAAAAUAAAUAAAAAAUAAACUUAAAAAUAUUUUUAAAAAUAAGAUAUGAGAAGACAAGUGGGGAGCACUGAAUUUGUCUUAGGUGUCGUGCGAGGCAGGCCCUUGGCAAAUGUGAGCUCCUCCGCGGCUCAGUGCUUGUCCGUGGGUGUAGACAGCAUUUAUCUCAUUUCGCCAAGGAGGAAACUAAGGCUCAGAAAUUGGUCUAGGCUCACACAGCUAGAAAGUGGCAAGGCUGGGACCCAAAUAUGACUGCCACUCAUUGCAGAAUCUAUGCUUUGUCCAGCACCCCAAACUUCCAAACACCAGGCAAGAAAACACAUGAAAUAAAUAUGUACUCUUUUUUUUUUUUUUAACGUUUAUUUAUUUUUGAGACAGAGAGAGACAGAGCAUGAACAGGGGAGGGGCAGAGAGAGAGGGAGACACAGAAUCGGAAGCAGGCUCCAGGCUCUGGGCCAUCAGCCCAGAGCCCGACGCGGGGCUCGAACUCACGGACCGCGAGAUCGUGACCUGAGCUGAAGUCGGACGCUUAACCGACUGAGCCACCCAGGCGCCCCAAAUAUGUACUCUUAAAACCAGACCACAUUCCAAAUUAGAAGCAACCUGUUCAUAUAGAAGCAAUUGUUCAGGCACAUUUUCUUGCAGGUAAUUAAAAGAACUGGCCAGCUGAACUAUGGGUAAAGAGGUAAAAGCGACCUGAUCUGUGGAAUUCACUAGGUUUUCUUGCUACGUGAAUAGCCUGCACAAAGUAA